AAAACCCUUGAUAAUCGGAAUCUGGUCCAUUCGAAGGGUUUCAUAAACCUUUGGCACUCUUGCCAGAUUUUGCAGUGACAUUUUUAUUUUAUCUGUCAACGGGCCGCAGAUGAAUUUUCUUUGAAAACUGUUUCAGGAGACCUUCUUUGAACCGCUGGAAUGACACCACCCAAUGAGGAUAUAAAUUAUCUCAUUGCUCCUUCGAACCUCAGGUGCUCGAUCAAACGCACAUUAGGAAAACUGAUGUGACAGACAUCAAUUAAAUCGAUGACCGGAAGUCUUCGUCUAUGCUCUCUGUCUAUGGGAUAAAAUAUAUUGCACGACUAAAGGUUUGUCGUCUCUGUUGCAGGGAUAUAAGCAAAGCAGUUGUCAAAUGAUAAUACAGUUGUAGGGGUUACAGUUGGAAUCUCCUCUGAUGCUUAUGAAAAUAUGAAGCUCCUUCUUGAUUGAUGAUUGAAGUAUUCCACUAAUACCUUAAAAAUUUAUUAUGGGAACUGACAUCACACCUACGCAACAAAUGUUAGCAUCAUGUUCUGGUGCUGUGGUCACUUCUCUUUUGGUGACGCCUUUGGAUGUGGUGAAAAUAAGACUUCAAUCCCAAACAGCCGCUAAUGUCAACAAAUGCUUCCUUUACUGUAAUGGAUUAAUGGAUCAUCUCUGCGUAUGUAUGAAUGGCAAUGGCAAAGAAAAAUGGUACCGAAGACCUGGGCAGUUUUCUGGUACAUUCGAUGCAAUGAUCAAAAUAACUCGAUAUGAAGGCAUCUCUUCUUUGUGGAGUGGAUUGUCUCCAACGUUAGUGAUGGCUGUUCCAGCGACCGUUUUAUAUUUCACAUCCUAUGAUCAGCUGAAGUCGAGGUUACAGAGUAGAUAUGGAAAUACUUUAUUCAUACCUGCCAUAGCUGGUGGAGUUGCAAGGACUGGAACUGCUACAAUUAUUUCACCACUUGAGUUAAUCAGAACAAAAAUGCAGUCCAGGCCACUCACCUACCAGGAGGUGGCUUCGGUCAUCAGGCAGUCGGUGCAGCAGUCAGGAUUACGAUCAUUGUGGACUGGCUGGGUGCCGACUAUAUUGCGUGAUGUACCUUUCUCAAUGUUCUAUUGGUUUUCAUAUGAACUAAUCAAACAGAAAUUGUCUUUUGAUAAUCUCUUCUUGAAAUCUUUCUUAUCAGGAUUUACUGCAGGUGCUAUUGCUACAGUUAUCACACACCCUAUGGAUGUUACAAAAACAAGACGACAAAUUGCUCUGGGUGAAAAAGUUUUUGGAGUUUCUAGUUCAACCCCAAUGAAUACAUUUGCUGUUUUGCGAGAUGUUGUAAACAAUAAUGGUUUGAGGGGAAUUUUCUCUGGUUUACUACCAAGACUUGCAAAAAUAGGUCCUGCUUGUGCGAUAAUGAUAAGUUCGUAUGAAUUUGGUAAAAGAUUUUUUCGAGAUUAUAAUCAUAUUGGUUCAUUUAAUAAUGAUAAUAAUAGUGACAAUGUUGGUGCUUUGAAUAAAUCUUUUAAAACAUGAAUCUGUAUUUUGAUAAUGUAUGUAUUUGAAUAUUUUUCAUAAUUCUAUUGAAUUUUUUUUUAUGCUAUAGUCAUCAAUUACUGUGCUAAUAAUGACAACAUCUCGCUAUUUGCCAAUUCUACAAUCAUAAGCUAAGGCUGUAGGUUCUUCAAAUUUCAAUGUAGCAAAGAAUUUUUUUAAAUAAUAAUCAACAGAAUGCAUUAUAAAGUAUUAUUACUAUGUUCUCAAUAACUUUACUGCUGCUGCACUGGUAACAAGUUGAAAAAAGUUCUAGAUAAACAUUUGGAAUAUUCAUUAAUUUAUCAUGAUUAUCUUGUUUUCUCUUAAUGCCGUAUUUUUGAGAAAGUACCUUUGCGUCUCCACCCAGGUUUCAAUUCGCCUAUUUCUGUCAUGACUGUGUUGCGAUUUUAUUAUAAUUUUAG